GUGUGUGUGUGUGUGUGCGUGUGCACGUCAGUGAAACCUGCGGUGAGAGCAUAAAGGGGCCAGUGAAACCCUUGUCGUGCAGACACUCCUGAGAGAUCGGACCUCAGAGGACAGACUUCAGAGCAGAACAGGUAAGAGCCUUAAACUCCCUGCUUUUAAAUGAUAAGUUGAUUGAUGAAUACGUUAGAGGUUUUUAAAGACAGACACACAUUGGGAGUGAAAUUAUGACAGUAUCCAAUGAGAAUGAUGGGAGAACUAUAACUCAUGAUAAAUGACUGUUUGUAUGAGCACUCUUAAUUUUAAAGUUAACCUGCUGUACUUGUCUCCUUUUUUUUUAAAUUGUUGCGAGUAUGACUACUGACAGAGUGAAUAAACUGUAUUUUUCAGCUCAGUUCACUUUAACAGAAGGUGUGAAAAACAUCUUUAAAACAAGUGUGCCCUGUUAUGGAUCACUUAUAUGUCACAAAGCUGAUGUACGAUUCAACAGUUUCUGAGACUUAUUUAUCUACCUAAAAGCUUCCGUCAAACUGAUUCAAAUGAACAACAUGUUAUUCUGCUGUCCUGGGAACAUUUUAUUGCCACUAGCUAUAAGGAAACUGGGUCCUAAAAGUUCUUAUGAACUGUUACCGUCAGAGGUGCAAUAAGGAAGAACUAGAGAUCAAUAACUAUGACUAAGAUCACGUCUUUGAAGAAGAUAACAGGAGGGGGAAAAAACCUGUGUAAGGCAAGGGACAAGGGUGCUACUGUGUGUGUGUUUUUAUGCUCUCUGGGUUAUUGGCAGUGUGACUACCGAUCAGCUGAUAAGAUCCUUAGACUUAACCUGUGAUCAUGAAAACAUAUCAGAAGACAUCUGAUUAAUUGCAGCUGAGUGACGACACCGUGCCUCUGACCUUUUUCCAUGUCACCUAUUUAUGUAGAUUUCUUAAUCUUUUAUGGCAUAAUUGAGACAAAUCUGGGUAAUAAUUACAGAGAGUCACAGUCAGUUAAAACCUGUCUGUACAACAUUAUAAUGAGUAUUAAAGAUCAGUUUACAAAAAGUUAGGACACAGAGAAGUUCAGAGCCUGUGGAAAUGAACUGCACCCCUCUGUACCACAUAAAGCGGAAACUUUCAAUCACACCAUGAAUGUGUGCUUGAUACUCCCUUAAAUAACUCACAAUCGAAAUGUGGAUAUGAACUCAGAAUUUAUGUCACACAUGAACUGAAAUCUUGGCUAUUGUCAGCAUGAAGGCCGAGCAUAUUUGAAACAGCGAGACACCUCGUGUUUUUUCCGGCUGGUUACUUUGGUUAAUGUUUCACCUAAGCAAAUGCAAUUUGACCCAUUGCAGCUUCCUGCUUGUCUAAAAGCCAUCCUCAUAUACACAGCUAGUUUCCCUAUAGCUGCUUUGAUGCAAAUUAAUUCCGUACAACAAGCAAAUAUAGGGAAAUGUAACAUAAUGCUUGUGUUUCACUGUGUAGUUGGAGACUGAACUAACAAACCUUUUUGUUUCUCACAGUUAGAGACAAAAGCUGCCAAGAUGUGUUGCUCGGGUUUCCUCAAGAUUAUGAUGUUUGUCUUCAAUGGUGCCAUAUUUGUAAGUUAAAAGUGAAAUGUGUGUUUGUCUGUCUGGCUGUCCAGUUUUUGUGUGUUGAUCAGGUUCCAUUGGAAAACACACUGACACUCACUACUGUGUGUUACAGUAGUUAUAGCUAUGUGCUGGACGUCAAUGCAGUUGUAGAACGAAUAGUUUGAUAUAUUUGUGAAAACGGUCUAUCACCUACUAUUGCAAGUGUUCUGUUCAUCCAUGUCUGUUUGCUAAAGACAAAGCCACAGGGCUACUUCUAGUUUGGGGUGUAACAUCAACAUUCUGUAAGAGACCCUGCUUUAAAAUUUGAAAAAAAAUAUACUGUUCCUAACAAAUAUAUAACCACAGAACUUCCCUUUUUUAGCGCCAGGUUUUGAAAAGAGUAAAAUGAUUUAUAUUUAGAGCUUCAAAUAAGUUAUUUAAACAUAGCCAAAUAGCAUCUGUUUAGAGUUCAGUAUUUUAACCCUCAUGAGGAGUUUUCAGGUGGCUGUGAAACAAAAUAAGUAUAUAAUAAUAACUUCCUGCUCUAAUUCAUUUUUUUAAUUUUUCCAACCAUGAAGUUGGCAGGUGCAGGCAUCCUAGGUAUCGGGAUAUGGGUGAAGGUGGACAGUGAUUCUCUGAUGGGCAUACUGGACAACUUGGAGGACGCUCCCUCUGAGUUGUCUAAUCUUGCCUAUGUCAGCUACGUGCUCAUUGGAGUGGGCGCUGUUCUACUGAUCAUUGGCUUCCUGGGCUGCUGUGGAGCUGUGAAGGAGAGCCGGUGUAUGCUGCUGACAGUGAGUGAUGUUUGAUCAUUCUUUGAGACAUUUAAAGAUUUUCCAACAUUAUAAUGGGUCGAUAAAGAAGAUUUUUUUGGAUUCACAUGUAUAUUUUCAACUUUGUUGGACAUAAAAAUUUGAAUUCUGGUAACUUUAAGAAAGAAACUCCUGUCAUUCAGUCACUUUACAAAUAGUCGCUCUAAAGGGAUGCUGCUUAAACAUGAAUGCAAAACUUAAGAUUUGAAUCCCUGCAGUGUCUUUACACUUAUGACACCUGAAUCACUUGAUGAACGAAUCAGGCAUUGAACUACACUCUCUGGAAUCAUUUUUGUCGGACAAAACUACCUUUUUUUUUUUUUUUUUUUAACUGCUAAAUUGCCACCACAACAACUUGCUUACAAUAGGACACAGCAUGUAACAAGUGGUGCAUUAAACUUGCAGCAUCCUAUUAUUGCAGCGGUUUAUAAGGGAACGGUGCAUGUCGGUUUGAAUUCUUCUAAAUGUCCAGUAAACGAAUCACUCACUGAACCCAAUUUACCGAGCAGACCUGGUAAAUAGCAUACCAUAGGACAGUACACUUAAAACAUCAUGACUUAUGAACAAGUUCAUUUCUACAAACCUGUUUGCCAAAGCAACACAGCCAAACACUCUCGUCUCCCGGUCCCAGAAGCUAUGAAUUGAACUGAAUCCUGAACCGUUCAGCUGUGUAUCAGUUCAGGAGGUCGGAGUCGCAGGCUUUGGUGAUUUAGUGAACAUAUCUUUUGAACUUAUCUUUUCAGUGAACUGAUUCUAGUGCUUCAGUACAUCUAAAAGAACUGCCGUGCCCAUCACUACUUGAUAAGACAUAGUGAGAGAGUCUCAACCUCUUAUCCUUCUCUCUCUGUUUACAGUUCUUCAGUAUCGUGCUGAUCAUUUUCCUCAUCGAGGUAGCUGGAGCUGUGAUCCUGUUCGUCUUCCAGGAUGUUGUAAGUGUCUCUUGAAAGCAAAAUUUGGUCCAGCGACUUAUAACUGCCAGUUUUUAAGAAAUGUAGCACCUUGAAAUAUCCCUUCAAACUUUACUGGAGUUGAAUUAACAUUAUGUUUUUCAUCCCAUCCUUCACAGGCUAAAGAGCUUCUUGAUAAUCUGGAGACAGAAGUAAGGGAGAGCAUUCAAAAGAACUAUGGAGAGCUUGAGAGUCUGACAUCUCUCUGGAAUACCACCAUGGAGGAGGUAUUUUCUGUUUAGAAUUGCUAUUGUGAAGAAAUUGGGAUUUCCUCAUGCUUGUGACCUUUGUUCUGUUUUUAUAUUAAGCAUAGUCUUAGCUUUUGCUGCCACAUUGCUGUCACUGAAAUCAUUUUCUGUUGUUUCCUUCUAGUUUAAGUGCUGUGGAUACAGGAACUACACAGAUUUUGAUGGCUCGCCUUUUUUUAACCAACACGAGGGGGGUGUUUAUCCAACUACUUGUUGCAAUGCGACCAUCACAGAGGGUGCUUGCAAUACAGAUGAAGCAAAUCGCUCGGUAUGGACUAAGUCGACUAAAUCUAAGUUAUAAAACAAUGAUUUGCAUUGAAUUGCAAAACAACAAUCCAUAUUUUUGUCAUUUGUCCAGAUGAUCGAUGGCUGCUUUGACACUCUGCUGAAGCUGAUAGAGGAAAAUGCCGUGAUAAUUGCUGCUGUGAUUCUAGCAAUUGCUGCCCUUGAGGUACAGUACACAAUUUUAGCAAGUUCUUUUCUUUUUAUCUCAGCCACCAGCCAAAAAGAGUACUGAGGGCUUUGGCUACAGAUGACUUUAUAGGUAGACUACAUAGUGUUUGAAUAGAAAAUUGAUAUGGCUUUAAAUCAUCUUCGGCUUUAUCGCUCACAUUUUUUUAUUUCAAUAAAAAAAGCAAUACAGUUAAAUCACCGGCAUCAAAAUUUCUUUAAAGUAAGACAAAUCUUGUAAGUUGCAAUGUUAAGGUGAAAUAAACAAACAGAAAAUCAUCACCUAAGCCUACAGCUCCCUCUAAUUCAAAGUUUUACAGCAAGUUUUAACUCAUAUUUUGCUUUCUACAAAAUACAAAAUUUGCUAUGUUUCAAAAAGACUUUGAUGAAGAUUGCUUAAUUUGGUUUAACAGCAUUUAUUUCAUAUAACUCAAUUUAGGUUCUUAUUUUUUUAAUGUGUGUAUGCUUACUGUAUGUGACAUAAAGCAGCCAGAAUAAAAACAUGAGUUAACUCUAAGAAUGAGAGAGAAAGAAACUUUUAUUAUUUAUUUAUUUUUUUAAUAUGUAGGAACCCAAACAAAGUAGUCACUUGUUCAAAAAUUGUUCUUAUUAUCCCAAAACAUGGUAGCAGUAAGUUUUUUAUGACACAAUUUUUAAAAAUUUGAGCUGUGUUUUAGAUACAAUUUUUCAUCCAAACUCUACAGCAUAUAUCCAUCAGAGCAGUAUUAACCUGGAUGGUCUUUAUGAGCUGUAUCUCAUGAGCUGUAUUUACUGUUUUCAUUACAGAUUGCUGCCAUGGUGGUUUCGAUGAUCCUUUACAACGACAUCGGCAACAAGGCAUAAUGAUUCAUGUUUGGGAUAGAUGGACAUUAUGGUAAUUGGUAAAUCUGACCUGCAAGCAGAUUUUUCAAGUGUAAAGUUUUUCCUUGAUUCUGAUAUUUUGAAAGGCUUUAAAUGCUCUGCCAGAGCUUUUUGUCUCUGGGGCAUUUAGGUCGCUCUGGAAGAGUUUGUCAUGGAAGCUGACAUUGUAUUUUCAAAGCUGUACAUUUUACACAUUUCUAUGCAAUCUAUAAUAUUUAUGGUUUUUUUAGGCUGCUAACUGCUGAAGUUGUUCGUGCUGAUACAUAAAGUUUUUUGUCAUGAUGCACAGAGCAGAAAGAAAUGUGUCAGUUGUUUAUAUCCCUUGCAUUCACUGUGAAAAUGAAACAUUUAUAUUUUUAUGUUUGAUCAAAUUGAAAUAAUAAAUAUCACAAUCUUGACUUC